UAUGUAUUCUGCUUAUUUUGAGCACUUUUUAAUAACCAAAUAAAGCAAACAAUAAACCAUAAGAAUGGCAAGUGGCAAUAUUCUUAUUCCCAAGGUACGUCAAACAAUUACGAACGCUAAAGAUGUUACAGGGUAGUACAAAGUUCACUCUGUAACAAUUCACAAACCCAGCGCUCUGCUAAGGAAUCUGAAAAUAAAAAACAAAGUGUCACCUGGAAGACAAAUAAAAUUGUAUUCGAUAAAUGUCAAUUGAACGUCAUUGUUGGGACCGAAAUGUUGCGUUCAUCAAAGAAUUUUAAAAAUAUGCGCAAGGUGAGUCCAAUGCAGUAUUGACAUUAGGCAGUAUAAAUAAGGAGAAUUUUCCAACAUUGGCAUACAACUAUUCAGUGAGUCUUCGAGUCAAAGCAGCAACAAUUAGCAAACACGACCCUUCACCAUGAAAUUCUUCAGCGUCUUCUUGGCUAUCUUCCUCAUCUUCACUUUCAUGCAGGCCACAUCCUGUGGACUUGUUGACGCUACCGUAAAACUUUUGAAUGGCAAAGAAUCCGGUAAUGACGGCAAGGGAACUUCCAAGGGAUGCGAUUCGGGAUCCAAGGGCAAAAGUCUGAUUAACGCAGACGUAGAAGCCUUAAACAACUUAUGAUUGGUCACUGAUUGUAUCUUUUUUUGUCUGACGACACUUAUGAUGUAAAAAAUAUAUUUGUCUAUGCUUAACC